AUGCGUGUGUGCAGAAGCCUUAUUCAAACAGAUGCUAGGUGGCCGGGGUCUGAGCUGGGAUUGCAUUCUGGCUGGGCUGCUGCAGUGGAACUCAGUGCCGAGUACAUCUGGGAGAAGCUGUGGCAGGACCUGCAGGUGGUGCAUGUGGAAGUGGAGGACACAGUUCCCAACUGCUGUGGGUCCACCUUUUGAGUUGAGGGGAAACUUCUGCUUCAGAGACACCAGCUCGUGAGCACAUGCCUAGCUGAAGAGCUUCUGCACAUCUAUGCCUUUGAGCAGAAAACCUUGACCCCAAGGCAGUGGGCCUGUGAGUGGCAGAAAUAAGGAACUGGGACCUGCACAGCCAUUAAAUUAUGAAUGAGGGCCGAAAAAAACAAAAAAAAAGAAAAAACCAGGUGCUAGCGCAAUAUAUCAACAAAUCCUAGCUGAGCUGCUGUUCUGGUUGAAGUAAGCUUGGACUUGGAGUUCCGCCUGCUUGAUCAUCACCUAGGGACUGUGCCAGCCUUAUCAGCUUUCUUUACCCAGGCUGAAACUGAGGGCCAGACAGGUGACGUGACUUUAAAAAAUUUUAAAAAGAGAUUUGAGAGAUUUUAUGCUUGUUACUGGCAAAGCUGGUAUUGGAACUCAAGUUUCUUGAUUCCUAGUUUUUUGUUUUUAUAACUCAGAGUUAUACUUUUGUAUGUAUAGUUUGAAUGGUCAGAUGGUCCUCCAAGAUUUGUUAUGAAAAGCAGUAGUGUUCUGCUGCUUCACUUCCUUCUAAUGUAAUUGUACCAGAGCAUUUACUAUUAGCAUAUAUAUUAUUUUAUACUGAAUUGUGUUCCUUUUAUUUCUCCUUUAUAAUAUAGUUAAG